AAUGUCGACAGCGAAAGCACGCACCGCGCACGCGAAGGCUAUCUUGGGACCAGAGUUACAUUCUCAACUUGCCAACACGAACGUGUUACUCGUCGGUGCCGGAGGCAUUGGGUGCGAGUUGGUGAAGAACAUUGUUUUAACAGGCUUCGGCAAAAUUACACUCCUUGAUUUGGACACGAUCGACUUGUCCAACCUCAAUCGCCAAUUCCUCUUCAAGAAGAAGGACGUGAAGCAGAGCAAGGCUCUGGUAGCAGCACAAACCGCUGCUCACUUCAACCCGAACGUGCGGAUAACUCCAAUACAUGAUAACAUCAAGGAGCCGCAAUACGACAUCCAAUGGUACCAGCAAUUCGACAUUGUUCUGAAUGCUCUUGACAACCUCGGUAUGCCACCAUCCUCCAAUGUCAGCCAAAAUCCUCUCUUAUCUACACACCGCGUCCUUCCCCUUACUGUCUACCAUCCGCCUUCUACCCGCUCGGAUGAUACUAGACGCCCGGAGACACGUGAACAAAAUGUGCAUAGCCGCGCAAGUCCCGCUGGUGGAGUCGGGGACGGCAGGUUAUCUUGGGCAGGUUCAACCUCUCCUGAAAGUGCGCGCAGGAAACUUUUGACGGAAGGACAACUAUUCGGAGAAGAUGAGGACGCGACUGGAGAACUGGACGAUGCAGAGAAGCAGGGGGAGAAUGCCCAAGAAAUUGCUACUCUUAGAAAAGAGGCCCAGGCGUUCAAGACAGUCCGCACUGCUUUGCGGAGCAGUAAUCACAACGAAGAUGCCGCGAAGUUGGUUUUCCGGAAGGUUUUUAAUUCAGACAUUACGAAUCUUCUUAGCAUGACCGACAUGUGGAAAUCCCGGUCUCCGCCUAUACCUCUUGAUUAUGAUUCCAUUCUGAACGGGAGUUUCCGAGGCAAGCAAGCAAAUGGACUGGCACCGUCUGUAUCGUCCAACGGUGUUGCCAGCGGAAGCGGUGGUGCAAGUUCUAGUUCCAGUAAAGCUGUGACCAACGGGCAUACGAAUGGUGUUGCCGUCGGCCCAGCAUUGAAAGACCAGCGUACGCUAUCCUUGAAGGACAACCUCGAGCUCUUUAUUUCUAGCACGAACCGUCUUGCUACACGGUUACGGAACGGAGAGGAGGUCAUCACCUUCGACAAAGACGACGACGACACGCUUGAUUUCGUGACCGCCUCUUCCAACCUGCGAUCAUACGCGUACGGAAUCGAUGGCAAGACACGGUGGGAAGUCAAAGAGAUGGCAGGCAACAUCAUCCCAGCCAUUGCUACGACCAACGCGAUCAUUUCUGGCCUCAUCGUUCUGCAAGCCCUCCAGAUGCUCAAAAAGGCUUACACGAAACUGCGAAACGUGCAUAUCCAGUUGAAACCCUCCGUUCCACUGAGCGCGAUCCGUCUGAGUGCGCCCAACCCCGAUUGUGGCAUCUGCCGCGACACGUAUGCGCCUCUCCUAUGCGACCCCUCGCGGACGCUCUUGGGGGAUGUGGUCAAGGGUGUCCUCGGUGAUGAUGACAGGGAGGUGUCGGUAUAUGAGGACAAGAGAGUGCUCAGCGAUCCUGACUGGGAAGACAACUUCGAGAGGACGCUAGACAGCUUGAAUGUAACGAGAGGCAAAUUCUUGACCAUCGUCGAUGAGGAGGGCGAGUGGUCGACGAUCUCCCUUGCUAUUGGCAUGCUUCGACCGAAUCACCACACCGACGAGGCUUACAUUCUACCUUCACCACUACCCCGGCCAACGAAAAAACUAAAGCCUGAGCCACCUCCGGUGGAAACACCCAAGAAGACAGGAACGAAACGGCCCUUGCCAGUCGAACUCGAGGAUGGAGUCAUCGACCUAGCACCGACGCCGAAGAAGCCCAAAUUCAACACCGCAGCAUCAGGGAAAAGGAAGUUCGAGGAUGGGCCAAGCCCCAGCAAGAGGAGACGCUUGGAGGAGGACGGCCUGGUGCUGAUGGACGACCCGAAUGAGGUGCUGGAUGAGGGUGUCGAGGUUGCCAGUGCCAACGGUGUGCCGAUAGAUGCAGAGGUCAUUGUGAUUGAUGACGACUA